CAUGAUUCCGAAAGUUAUCUUGAAAAAGAACAUGUUUGUGAGGUUUAGUAGAAGGCGCAAGGAUGACAAUGAGAACGAUGAGAAAGUUGCCGUGAAUCUUGAUAUGAAAAAACAAGCUUUGGGACGUGGGGAUAAGAAAAGUGGGAAGGAGAAGGAUGGGAAAGAAAGAGUAUAUAGAAGGUGGAAGAGUAAUUUUGUUCUGUUGACUCUAAUCCUGGGGGAUGAUGUUCAACAAAUGGAUUUUGGCACUUACAUGUUACAUGAGCAUGAACUCGAAG